AUGAUCUUUUUGGCAGCCGUACCGUGCUUUCCAAUUAAUAAUGAAAUAGUACAAAGGUCAACAACUACUUGUGCUUUUUUCAUCAAUGCCCUUCCUUAUGAAUGGUUUUCAUGACGAAGCGACAAAUUGUCACAGUCAGGAACUUCUAUGGGUUGCAUCCAUGAGCGACAAAUUUCAACGGAUUCUGCGAGUUCAAAAGGUGCCCCACAUAUCGAUGAUGCCGUCUUUGAUCUCUAUAAGAAUACGGAAUCCGAAACGUUAUCAUCGUCUGGUUUAUUGAAGUUACUUUAUGAAACUGGAAUUAGAGGUGAUGAUCCUCGUUUAGCCAACUUUUUACAUGCAAUACGACAUGACGAACGAAAGCAGUCCGUCUCAGAUAUGACAUCCACUGAAGUGAUUAAUGAAAACUUGGAUCGAGAAACUUUCAAAAGAUAUGUUGGUGAUGCAAUCGGAAUCAUUGCCAAAGCACUGAAAAAACAGCUCGUAAUCCCUGAUUGGCCAGCAUUUAUUGCAGUUAUUGGUGAAAUUUUUGAAUCAUGCCGUGAUUUCAAUGAUGGAAAUGUAGCAACGUACAUUCCGCAACUGGCUCGAUCAGAUCCGAAAUACUGGGCCAUGUCGGUUUGUACUGUUGAUGGACAGCGUCGAUCGUGGGGUGCCACCCAGAUACCCUUCUGCUUGCAAAGUGUAUCAAAGCCCUUCACUUAUGCCAUUGCUAUGAAUGAGCUUGGCGCAGAAGAGGUACAUAGAUAUGUUGGCCAAGAACCAUCGGGUCGACUAUUCAAUGAAAUUUGUUUGGAUCAUAAUCAUAAACCACAUAAUCCAAUGAUCAAUGCUGGAGCUAUAUUAGUAGCAUCGUUGCUUAAACAGUCAACCUCACUAGCCGAUCGUUUUGAUUUUGCGUUACAGUAUUUCAAACGAUUUGCCGCAGGGGGUUUCGUCGGCUUCAACAAUGCCGUCUUUCUGUCUGAGCGCGAAACGGCUGACCGAAAUUAUGCACUGUCAUACUAUAUGCGUGAACACAAAUGUUUCCCGCCUAACACCAGUUUGCAAGAUACUUUGGACUUGUAUUUUCAACUUUGUGCAAUCGAAACCAAUGUCGAUACGUUAGCAGUUAUGGCGGCUACAUUAGCUAAUGGUGGGGUAUCACCACUAAGUGAGGAACGGGUUGUGUGCAAUCGAGCGGUCCGUGAUACAUUAUCAUUGAUGUAUUCAUGCGGAAUGUAUGAUUAUUCCGGGCAAUUCGCUUUCAAGGUUGGCUUACCGGCAAAAAGUGGUGUUUCGGGUGAUAUGAUCAUUGUUGUACCAAAUGUCAUGGGUAUUUGUUUAUUUUCGCCACCACUUGACCAACUUGGCAAUACAGUUCGAGGAGUGAAAUUUGCAGAACAGUUUGUGGAAAAAUUCAAUUUCCAUAACUAUGACAGCCUUGUUUAUUCGGAAACUCAUAAAAUCGACCCACGAAAAAAAAUUCGGGAAGUGAAACAUGAAUCCAUAUUGAAUAUGAUGUAUGCUGCAACUACUGGUGACAUUUCAUCCAUUCAAAGAUAUCUAUUGUUGGGUGCUGGUAUCGCUGAAAGAGAUUACGAUGAUCGAACUGUAUUGCAUGUUGCCGCUGCACAUGGGAAUGAGAAUGUUCUGAAAUUUUUGUUACAACGAUGGCAGGAAAGUCCAGAUCCACUGGAUCGAUACGGACGAACACCUCUCGAUGAUGCCAAAGAAUUUGGUCACAGCACAUGUGUGGAAACUCUGGAAAGAGCUUUAGAAAAGUACAGAUUGAAAACACAAGAGAAAAAUAGCCCUGCAACAAGUAAAUCGUGA